UCACAGGGCAGUUGCUUUCUACAAUACAUUGUAACGUGCACACUGCACAAUGGUUUCUCAACAUGUGCAUAAUGUACAUGUACAUGUGCAUAAUGUACAUGUACAUGUGCAUAAUCUGCAUAAUGUACAUGUGCAUAAUCUGCAAUAUGUGUGCACAAUGAUGCUUGUACAAAAUGAACAUGUACAUGUCCGAUGCGAAAGCACUGUGCUAGCUAUUGUUAAGAUACUUCUGUCACAGGGCAAAGUACAAGUUUACAGUCAUUUGUUUACCUAUAAUGCAGCCAAUAAAUAUAAUAGCUUGUUGAAAUCACAAAGAAACGGCCUUCAAACAAAUUGUUCACCUACACGUACGUGAUAAGUCUAUUUAUGGCAACAGAAAAUUUCCCAUUUGUGGGUUUUUUAAUUUUAUUUUAGGCUUUCACAACAGGUACGAUCCACUGAACACAACAAGGAAACACAACCCAUAGGAAAUACACAUACUGUCUGGAUCAGGUUUCAGUACUUUCACAGUGGUGUACUUUUUCACCAGACGGAUCAAUAAACAGUUCAGUGACACAGGCAUUUAUUAAACGUCUGGACGUGUUCGACAAUGACUGCACAGGCCAGAACUAUGUACAUAUGCAACAUCUUGCAAACUAUCAGCAAAAUGAUAGACUGUUGACCAAAACGAGCUACGUGUAGAAUGGAACCCAUUUCUACAUUAUUACUGUCUGCAACUGAUGAAGUACUGCAGGAUGAAUUUCUCAGCAUCUGUCAACUGUGUAGGCUUUUGUGAUCAGGCGACCCAACCAAUGCCACCACUUUUUGGUUGCUGUGAACUUGUAUCGUUUUGGAGAAAUGCGGCGGAAAAGUUGCCACCAUAUGUACAUGUAUGUCAAAUCUAAGAACUGAUGUGUGGACGAUUUAUGUAUUCUUCCUCUGCUACUUUGAUGUGUGUUUCGCGUUGACAAGUUUAGCUUCGUGGUGAAUUAAAUAAUGUUUUUUCUCCACAGACAUGCUUUACAAGCACUGAUUUCGGAAACUGCGAGGGGAUAUAUUUACAAGCUUGAAGCUUGAGAGACUUGAUUGACCCAAAGUGCAAAAUGCCUUUCUUUGUGAUGCGUUGACUCACAAAGUCUACAAGGAGUUAAUGCAUGUUUUGAACCAAAAAAACUAAAUACAGGACAAUCACAUGUACAUACAUACAUGAACAUUGUGUGUACACUUUAAAGUUUAAGUGCCUAUGAUAUGCAAGAACUACUGCACUGCAAUUGUUGUUACAUGUAAGCAGCGAUGAUUUCCUCUCACGUAGUCCCAGAUGAUGUUCCCUUACAUUUAGCCACCAAGAUCGUCUUCAGCAUUAUUGCCGCGCUGGGCAUCGCGGGCAACGGCCUGGUCAUCUACGUAUUGGCCUCUGCGGUCGCCUCCCGCAGGGGCAAUAUCAACAUCCUCCUGAUCAACCAGUCCCUGAUUGACCUGAUUACUUCGAUUCUGCUGGUGCUGUGUUUUCUCACCCCGGGACAGAGGCCCCCAUCGCCUACUCCGGCCGCGGCAGCAUUCAUCUGCUACAUCUGGAACUCCAAGUACCUCUUCUGGGCAACCACCAUGGCCUCCAUGGUAAAUCUGCUCUUGCUGACGUUUGAGCGUUACUAUGCCACCCUCUACCCCUUACAGUACCGCAACAGGUCCUUCCUAAAAUGGCCCAGGUCCUUGGCAUUGGCUACGCUGCCCUGGAUAUUGGGCUACCUGCUGGAAAUCUACUCGGCACUCGGGCACACAGUAGACAAACAUAACCAGUGUAAGUUGAAGCACUUCCCAACCUGGUCUGUUAAGAUCAUAUACUCGGUGGCCGUGCUGGUCUUUGAUUACCUAGUGCCCCUGGGCCUGAUGGUGUUUGCCUACGUCAGAAUUUACCGGGCGCUGCGGGGGAAUGCGACAGCGUCUGGCGACUCUCCAAACGAGCGGACGCCGAUCGUCCAGCCAGCCAACCAGCAUGGAGAGUCAGCGUCCCGCAGCCAGGCGCGCCGGAACGUCAUCAAAACCCUGGUCACCGUCUGUGGGGUCUUCAGCCUGCUCUGGCUGCCAAACCAAUUUGCCUACUUUUACUACAACAUCAGUGAUGAAGUCCAUUUGAAUAUGGACCUGUACGGAGCCAGCAUCAUCUUUGCGUUCCUGAACAUGUGCGUCAACCCCUUCAUCUACACGUUCCAGUAUCAUCAGUUCCGGGAGGGGUUGGGGCGGGCUAUACCCUGCCUGGCGAGGUUUAGGAUAAUGAGAAUACCAGAAACUAGGAACAAUCUGGCACCUGCUUAACUGUGAUUUGAAUGGAUUUCCACAUAUACAAACACCCUAAAUGGUAGUUCAAAGUUCAAAGCAUUUGUGUUAAAAAAAAACCCUAUUGCCGCUGUUCAUGCUAAUCUAGUGGCUUUUUGGCACAUUACAUUGGGCAAUGGGGGAGUGUGACCUAGUGGUUAGGGUCUGUGACUCAUGAUCAGAGGGUCAGGGGUCCGAAUCCAGCUGCUGGCCAUAUGUU